AUGACCCUCCAGCUUUGGGUGCUGAAGAGCUCCAGCCUCGGCCACAUGCCUGCCUUCCAGGAGCUGCCGGUGGGGACAGAUGGACAGGACCGAGUGAAUACAUUCCCAGGCAGCCGGCAGCUGCUGAUCUCCGUGACUGUCCUUUCCUCAGACUCCAGCCCUUUGUGGUUCCUGUUCCUGUUCCUGUGUGCCCACAUCGUCUCUCAUUUGGCGGGAGCCACACCUAUACCCCAGGCCGUCACAGCUGCUGCAGUCUCAGCUGGGAUCACAAAAGACCCCUCCUCCUCCCGCCCCUCAGCGCUCCCCACAACUAAGCAGUGCCCAGCAUUGGAGGUGACCUGGCCAGAAGAUGGACUCUCACUAAAUGGAACGCUGACUCUGUCCUGUACCGCCUGUAGCCGCUUCCACCACUUCAGCAUUCUCUACUGGCUGGGCAAUGGUUCUUUCAUCGAGCACCUCCCAGACGGGCUGCAGGAGGGCAGCACCAGCCGGGAGCACAGGGGUGCCAGCACUCAGCUGAAGAAGGCCUUGAUGCUGGAGGAGCUGAGCCCUGCCUUGCGCCACACCAACUUCUCUUGUGUUUUCACGGACCCUGAGUACACUGUCCAGCGCCACGUUGUCCUGGCCGAUCUCUUGGCUGGGCUGAGGACACUCGUGCCUCCAACUCAAGAAGCCUCCAGAGGACUCCCUCUGCCUCACCAUCCUGACAGGUGAACUCAAGCCUGGUUGAAACGCCACCUCUUCAUUUAGGUCUAGGCUGUCAGCUCAGGCCACAGUCUGUCAACUUAAUGCUAUAUAUUUAUAUAGGCACACCUCGUUUUAUUGUGCUUCACAGUUCAUGCAUUUUUUUUACAAAUCGCACGUUUGUGGCAACCCUGUGUCAAGUAAGUCUAUUGGCACUAUUUUUCUAACAGCAUUUGUUCACUUCAUGUCAUAUUUUGGUAAUUCUUGAAAUAUUUUAAACUUCAUCAUCAUUUUAUUUGUUGUGAUCUGUGAUCAGUGGUCUUUGAUGUUACAGUUGUGGCUGUUUUUGGGGUGCCAUGAAUCGUGCUCAUAUAAGAUGGUAAACUUAAUUGACAAAUGUG